GAGGUAUGGAGAUGCACAGAAGAAUCUAAGGAGAAGUGAGAGAAGGGUGAAGGAACUAGUUUUCCAGCAGGAUGAAGACAGAAAGAAUCAUGAAAGAAUGCAAGCACUUGUGGAUCAGCUUCAGUCCAAGAUUAAAAGCUACAAGAAGCAGAUUGAAGAAGCUGAAGAGAUUGCUGCUCUCAAUCUGGCCAAAUUCAGACAAGUUCAAGGAAAUGCAGCAGAGUCAAUG